CAAUUACAAUUCCAAAAGAGCCUGUUAGCGAUGUAUGUGACACCACAUGGAGAUUAAGAGUUGUCUUAGAUAUGAUAUUAACACAAGUGAUGUCAUUGAUUUGAUUGACACCUAUGAUAACCAAACGCUAGAGACACGAAAUGUGACAGCGGAAUGGAAUUUGAUACAACCCAGUAUUCAUCCACGGUGAUACAAGAGUUUGGCUUUGUCUGUGACUGGCAUUAUCUGGGUCCUCUUUCAACAUCUCUAUUCUUAUUGGGUCCAUUUCUAGGGAAUUUAAUCAUCGGUCACAUGGCAGACAGAAUCGGCCGACUUCUAACCUUUAUAAUAAAUAUUGCUAUCUUUGUGGUGUUUGGCUUGUUGCAAGCUGUGGUACGGAAUGCAGUAAUGUUUAUGAUAUGUAAUUUCAUGAUUGGUAUACCUUAUUUUGGUAUAUACAACCAAGCGCUUGUGCUCCUUGCAGAGAUUGUUGGCCCUUCAAAACGAGGCACUGUCACCAUGGCCUGUGUACUGUUUUAUGCUUUUGGAUACAGUGUACUACCGGCCAUAGCUUACUAUGUACGUGAUUGGUCAGUUCUAGUUCUCAUUAUAAACCUCCAUCCGAUCAUAUUCUUCUCGUAUUGGUGGAUACUCGCUGAAUCGCCACGUUGGUUACUGUCAGUCGGCAAAGUGAAGAAAGCUAAGGAAGUCAUGCAGCGAAUGGCUAAGGUCAACAAGGUCUUGCUUCCAGAUUAUAUCUUUGAAUCUGAAAUGUUUGAAACCUUGAACAGCAAGGAUAGUGAUUUGAAGAUGCCAAUACCGGAAAAUGGGACAACUGAUACUUUUAUCACUAUUUUCCGUUAUUCAAAUACAAGAAAGAAAACGCUGAUAAUAUAUUACUGUUCAGCUUCAAUAACCUUGCUGUAUUAUGGAUUGACAUUCAACGUUGGAAAUCUGGGUGGUAAUGAUUACACCAAUGCGCUCAUAGCUGGCGCUGUCGAGAUUCUAGCCUAUUCCUCUUCAAUGUAUUUUGUGGAGACACAACUUGGCAGAAAAAUCACCAUAAGUGUUUUAACUGUUAUAGCAAUUAUAGCAACGAUAUCGAGUGCAUUUAUACCGCAAUGUGGGGACACAUUAUGGGUAAUGGUUGCUGUGUACAUGAUUGGAAAGUAUGCAACAAGUGCAGCGUAUGGAGUCACUCAGUUAUACACAGGAGAAAUUUUUCCAACAACACUAAGGGCGAUUGGUGUAAUGUCAGCAGUGUCCUUGUCUAUUCUGGCUAGUGCACUUGCUCCAUAUCUUCUAACACUUCGAAAAAUUUGGAAUCCAUUACCACAACUAGUGUUUGGUGGCUUAUCAAUCAUAUCAGCGUGUCUGGUGUUGAUUCUACCUGAAACACGAGGGCGGAGACUUCCUGCCAACAUCCAGGAGGCAGAGAUAUUCGGAAAAAAACAGCAAGAACCUGGCUACGAAAUUAUUAACGUUCAAGACAAAAACUGUGUCGAGCUAAGUGAGGUCUGAAAAGCUUACAAUAUGAAGAAAGUGUAUUGUUCAUAACCUUGUUUAUGGCUUUAUGAGUAGUAUUUAUUUUGUUUAUGCUACUCACAUCAUUACAUCAUUUGAGUAUUCGCUAAUAUUAAGUAUUAGUAUAAACAGCAUUGGCUCAUUUCAAUGUUUCAUUUUCUUACAUACAAAUUUUGGAAAACUUUAAAUCUAAGAAGACAUUUUAAGAACCACAUCUUCAUUCACCCACUGAAAUGCGACUAGUCUCAUGUUUAGGACAGGUCUAUGACAUGGCUUGUGACUGGGGCGAGAUGUUUGAAAAACUUGUGACUACCCUGGUAGUAUAUUUUCGGAUGAUUGAUGCAGAAUUUUUAGAGAUGUGAAUGUGCAGUACUAUUAAAAGACACGUGUUUUUAACUUGGUACAUAUCUACAUCUAAUCAAGAGGUUUUAUAUAUGUUUUAACUAUUUGUUUUACUUUCAAUUUGCUGAGAGAUUUUU